AUGAAGCAAAAGAUUGUCAUCCAGUUGAGCAUGUCGUGUGACAAAUGCCGGUCCGAAGCACUGACGCUGGCCGCCAGAGCACCUGGGGUGACGUCCAUGGGGAUAACCAGCGAUGCGAGAGACCAAUUGGAGGUGGUCGGCGACGGCGUCGACUUGGUGUGCCUUGUCUGCUGCCUCCGCAAGAAGCUCGGCCACGCCCAAAUCAUCAAGGUGGAGGAAGUGAAGAAGCCGGAGGAGAAGAAGAAGGAUGAGACGAAGCCGGCCAUGCCCGAGCCCGUGCACCCGCCGCCGUACUUCUUCUACCCGCCCAGCUCCUACUACCCUCACCAGUACCCGCUGUACUUCUGA